AGAGGUUAUGCCGAGGCAUCUGGCAAGUAUUCGCGCGCUAAGCCUCACAUGAACAUCGGUACCAUUGGCCACGUCGACCAUGGAAAGACGACCUUGACAGCCGCCAUCACCAAGGUUCUUUCCGCCACUGGCGGCGCAACAUUCACCGACUACUCCCAGAUUGAUAAGGCUCCAGAAGAGAAGGCUCGCGGCAUCACCAUCAACUCUUCUCACGUUGAAUAUGAGAGUGCUUCGCGGCACUACGGGCACAUUGACUGUCCCGGACACGCCGAUUACAUCAAAAACAUGAUCACUGGUGCUGCACAGAUGGAUGGUGCUAUCAUCGUGGUCUCAGCAACGGAUGGACAGAUGCCUCAGACUCGUGAACAUCUGCUCCUCGCCCGCCAGGUUGGCAUCAAGAGGCUUGUCGUAUUCAUCAACAAGGUCGACCAAAUCUCGGAUCCUGAGAUGCUCGAGCUCGUCGACAUGGAGAUGCGUGACUUGCUUUCGACUUACAAUUUUGAGGGAGAGGAAACUCCCAUCGUCAUGGGCUCUGCUCUUGCCGCACUCGAUGGCCGCGACCCUGAGAUGGGUGAGAAGAAGAUUUUGGAGCUGGUCAAGGCUUGCGAUGAAUGGCUCGAACUCCCUCCCCGUGACCUCGAGAAGCCCUUCCUCAUGCCCGUCGAAGAUGUCUUCUCAAUUUCCGGUCGUGGUACUGUCGCAACUGGUCGCGUCGAGCGUGGUGUCGCCACGAAGGGCGCUGAUGUCGAGAUCGUUGGCCUUGGUGCGCACUUCAAGACGACUCUCACUGGUAUCGAAAUGUUCCACAAGGAGCUCGACCGGGGUGAGGCUGGUGAUAACAUGGGUGCUCUGCUUCGUGGUAUCAAGCGCGAGCAGGUCCAUCGUGGUAUGGUCAUCAUCGCUCCCGGCUCGAUGAAGCCUGUCACGAAGUUCCAGGCUCAGAUCUACGUCCUCACCAAAGAUGAAGGUGGACGCUACACCCCAUUCAUGAGCAAUUACCGCCCACAGCUCUUCCUCCGCACUGCUGAUAUCACCGUCGCUCUCACUUGGCCAGAGGGUACCUCAGAUGCAGCUGAGAGGAUGGUCAUGCCUGGUGACAACGUCGAGAUGAUCUGCGACCUUGUGCACGAUGUUGCAGCCGAAGUUGGUUCUCGCUUCACGCUCCGUGAGGGCGGCAAAACUAUUGGAACUGGAAUCGUCACUAAGAUUCUUGCAUGAGUUGUCUGCCAUAGGCAGUACUGUAUUGAGCUUAUGUCCUUCGGCGAGGCGGUGAUCUUACAUCGCAUGCUCUUAGCUAUCCACGUGCCCAGAUGUUUGUACAUACAUACAUUGUCACCACUCACCCACUCC